GCCGUGACCGUCAAUUGCAGUUUGGAAUCUGUCGGAUGCACGUGUCGGCUCAGGAAUGAAUUAUUCAAAAUUCAGUUAAUCGUGCAGUCACAUAGCGAUCGAUGUCAGAUGAAUCCAUAAAUCAUUGUCGAUACAUUUAGUAAGUGAUUGCGAAAGAGGUGAAACCGGCGAUGUGGUCAUUCAAAAUGUUCGCAUUAUUCUUGAUGGUCUUAUCUUCUGAAAAUGACAUGUGCAAUUGUCGAAAGAUUCUCGGAGUUUUUCCGUCUGGCGCGAAGAGCCAUUUCGUAAUGACUGGAAAACUCAUGAAGGCGUUGGCAGAACGAGGGCAUCAAGUGGACGUGAUUGGAAUGUUUCCACUGGAGAAGCCGAUGGCUAAUUAUCGAGAUAUCGUCCUCAAAACGGACAAAGUAGUUGUUUUCGUUGAUAAUGUUACUUAUGGUGAUAUACAAGUGGCUAACGGUUUGCUUAAGAGUCGAUUUGUGAGAACGGCUGGGCUUGAGCCUUGUGAUUCUUUGGGUCUUCCGAGUAUGCAAGAAGUGCUUGGAACUGAGAAGGGCAUCUACGGCGUAAUUAUUGUGGAGCUGUUCCUGGCUCACUGCUAUCUGGCCCUCGGACAACACCUCGAUGCUCCUAUUGUGGGAGUUGUCACAUCGAAGCUACCUGACUGGCUUCUGGGACCAUUUGGGAAUCAUCUCAAUCCUUCGUACAUACCGAGUCUCUUUUCGAGUGCCAGUCAACGCAUGACAUUCUGGGAGCGAUUGCAGAAUACUCUCAUGACGAAUAUCAUCACGCCUCAGAUUAAUUAUUACAUGGAGGCUGAGGUGAAGCAGGUGGAGAAAUAUUUCGGGCGGAAAUUGUCGUCGAUGAAUGAUCUCUACAAGGAUGUUGCACUCAUACUUGUUAAUGAGCAUUAUAGUCUCGAUGAUAUUAAACCCCUGACGCCUGAUAUCAUUGGAGUGGGGGGACUGCACGUGGUCGAUGAUGAUCAACAGUUGACGCCGGACUUGCAAAAAUGGUUGGAUGAGAGUACUCACGGCUGUGUGUACUUCACAUUCGGCUCGAUGGUGAAAAUCGAAACUUUCCCCGAGGCGAUUAUCAAGAUAUUCUAUGAAAUGUUUGAGAGGAUCGCACCAGUGAGAGUACUCAUCAAAAUAGUUGAUCCUAAGGCUCUCCCUCCUGGUCUACCAAAUAACGUGAAAACAUCGUUGUGGCUGCCACAAGUGGCUAUAUUGAAACACAAAAAUGUGAAAUUAUUCAUCACUCAUGGAGGAUUGAUGGGAACUCAAGAAGCUAUUGCAUAUAAAGUUCCAAUGGUUGGGCUUCCUCUCUUCGGGGAUCAACACACAAAUAUCCAAAGCUAUGCGAACAAGAAAAUUGCCAUUGCACUGAAUCUGUAUGAUAUAACUGCCGACUCAUUAACGAAUGCUGUCAAGACUGUUCUUAAUGAUCCAAUUUAUAGGAAUAAUAUUGAAAAAAUGUCUAAACUAUUUUUCGACCGACCAAUGAAUGCCAUCGACACCGCUGUAUAUUGGGUCGAAUAUACUGCGAAACACGGAACAGUAUUGAAGUCGCCGGCCACCGAACUCACUUGGUGGCAGUUUUACUUGCUGGACGUUUACGGAUUCAUCCUGUCGUCUCUUCUCCUAACUCUCUACAUCAUCAAAAUGUUUAUCACCUUCUUCUGGAAAGCUAUAUGCCCGAGAAAAGAUGUCAAAACGUAUUCCAAUGGUGUAUCGAAUUACAAGAAGACCCAAUGAAUGAAUAAAUCAAUCGAACAAAUGUCAAUCAUCAUUUCACAUUAUUAAAAAAAUAAAAAAACUAAUUUCUCCACUCA